GGCGGUGGGUGGUGGUCAGUUCUUCACUUCUGUGAACCAUUUUUGUAGCAAUGACACUUUUGGUAGAAAAGUGACGGUUGUAAGUUAUACUCAUUGGGUUCCCAGAUGACGCUUCUUGGUAGCAAUGAUACUUUUGGUGCAAAAGUGAUGCUUGUGUAAGCUAAGCUCUUUCCGAUGCUCUAGCACAUCUUUGGUCAAGACAGUACUGUUGUAGGAAUCGGUUUUCUUAAAGAAGAAAAAAAUGAAAAUGAUGUUAUUUUUGCAGAAACUCCCCCACAAUGGUUUUCCAAACACCCCCUCUCACCACCCAGCCAACCCCCACCCUACUUAGCACGGCAUCCACAACCAGCGCUCUACGCGCACAAAGGGAGGCGGGAGCUCAGGUAGUGGAGAGAUCUCAGCAACCUGUGGCGGCAGUGGAUCUCUAUGCCUUCACCAUCAGCACACACAGCGCAGUCUCCCCAUGUUAGUAGAUCCCCUUUCCGCUCGACCUCUCUCCAAUCAGAGGGGACAAUCUCCGCCCUGAUCUUUUGUACUGAUAAGUGCUUGUUAGAUUCUUAGCGGGUUGGUAUGUUCAUCUUGGUUGGUCUAUAGCAAUAUCCGAUACUUUUUGUCUUUACUGCUUUAGUUCUAGGCUUCUAGCUGCAGCUCCUCCAGCUUGCUUCUUCUAUCUGAAAAUGGUGUUACAUAAUUGACAGGGGUUUUGGUUUUUACAAAAGAAAUAUUUUAAAAAGGUCUGUUUUGAUUGCUCUUUUGAAGUAUGGAUGAGAUGCAUACCGGUGAAAUUUUCUUCUUCCCAGCAGCAACUCUUCUGUAUAUUUGGCCAAGCAAAAGGAAACAUGACGAUGACAGUAAUUCAGACAGUGCCAAAUUUGUGUUGUAUCUCCAAUUACAUGUGUUUUUGUUGCCUUGCAUAUGCAUAACAUGUUUGGUUGAAGCCUUGAAGUGUUAGCUACCUUUUCAAGGACCAUCCUAUUGAGACAUGGCAGUGGCCAUUUCUUACUGCUGUUGCGCGCGUGGAGAAUCCAAGCACUGAAUGCAGAAGAAUCCGUUGAACUGAUCCAUGGCGACGCCUGCUGCACCAAUGCCUUCCUGUCCUCUUCGCUCACCUCCAAUCUGAUUCAAUGCGGACUUGUAGAAAGCUAUUGACGGUGAAAACUAUGCUUUGGCAGCUGGUCAGCGUGAUGAAAUCGCCAAACUUGAGGACGGAUCGUCAAGGAAGCUUUUGGGAAGCUGAAACUAGAGCAUGUUGUGAUUGGGAACGGACAGUUUGAACAAGAAAAAGCAAAAGCUUAACGUUCUAGAGGAUUAGAAGCCUGCAUCUCAGUCGCAGUAAUGAGUAUGGCCAUCAGUGUAUAGGAGGGACCAAGGAAGGACCAUAUGGCUCACGUGUAAUUGAAACGCACCAAUGGAAGAAUGUGCCAGCACAACCAAUCCGCAGAAAACCAACAACAACAACAACAUAGCCUUUUUUCCCAAGCAAGUUGGUGCUCGUAUUCAGUUGAUACCCCAACAUCCUCCAGAGGGUGUUACAUUGACUGAACGAACUGUACGUGUAACUGGGAAUAAGAAACAGAUUGAAGUCGCAAAGGAUCUGAUCAAGCAAGCUAUGAAUCAGAAUUUCUCAAAGCAUGCGAACCAAUCUGGUGGAUAUGGUCCGCAAGGUUACCGCCCUCAGGGUCAUGGUGAGGCUUUGCAGUGGGGGCCACGUUCUCAAAGUCAGCCUGGCUAUGGGUAUCCACCAAGAGGUAUGCCUCCACCUCAGAACUACAACCCAGCCUACGGUGGUUACCCACAGCAGGGACCACCAAGAGGCGGCAUGGGCUGGGACCAAAGGCAGAGCCCUCCGCCCCAUCCUUCAUAUCAGGGUGGUGGUUCUGACUACUACAAGCAGGGAUCUCAACCAUAUGAUAGCCAGCCACCAAGCUACCCUCCUGGACCAGGGAACUACAACAGUUAUGGGCAAUCUCAAGCUCCUGGCUAUGGACAACCUCCAUAUCCGCAACAUGCGCCUCAACAGAACUAUGGCCAUGGGUAUGGUGAUCCUAGAUACAAUGCUCCGCCUCCAAACCAGUACUAUGGGCAGCCACCAAUGGGCCCCCAGCAAGGCUAUCCUCAACAGGCAGAUCCUUAUGCAAGGCCUUCAUACAGUGGACUGGGACAAUGGGCUCCCAGAGGUGCUCCGGCUGCAGAUGGCUCCUACCAGCCACCACCUGCAUCUGAUGGACCACCCUCCCAGCAACCUCCUGCUUAUGGCCAAACAUAUGGCGUGGCAACUGCACCUGAUGGGUAUGCUCAACAGGGCUACCCACAGCAGAGUGGGCAAGCACCAGCUCCAUAUAGCCAGAAUGCACCAGCAGCACCAGGCUAUCCUCAGCAAGGCACACAGCAAGGUGGCUAUGCACAGUACCCGCAAACCCAACCAGCAUAUGGUGAUCAAGCAGCUCAAGCCAAUGCGAACAAUUGCUGCAGAAAACCGAAAGUAUUAUUUCUCUUUUACAAUAGAACACCUUGGACUUGCGCUAUUUGUUCAAAAGGUUGUGGAGAAAAACACCUUUAGACAAGACAUUAACUUGUCCAUAUCUUGGUUCACAUGAAAGUACAUUUGUACAGUGUAAUCA